AUGGACGCCGUUGAACUUAAGAACAAGGGCAACAAGGCCUUCCAGUCUGGUGACUACCUCGGCGCAGUCGACUUUUACACGCAGGCUAUCGAAAAGAACGACAAGGAGCCUACGUUUUUUACCAACAGAGCUCAGGCAACGUACGGUUAUGCUGUCGCUGACGCUACGAAAGCUAUUGAGCUUAACCCAAAACUUGUCAAGGCAUACUACCGACGAGGUCUAGCCAAGACUGCGAUUCUACGACCUAAAGAGGCUAUCGACGACUUCAAGACAUGUGUUUCCCUCGACCCCAACAAUAAAGAUGCCAGGCUCAAGUUGGAAGACUGCAAGAAAAUCGUCCGACAGAUGGCGUUCUUUGCUGCUAUCGAGGUCGGCGAUGAGCCCUCUGCAGCUGUUGGCCUUGACCUAGACUCAAUGGCUGUUGAUCCAGGAUAUGAUGGCGUGCGACUAGGUGAUGAGAUGACACAAGAAUUCAUUGACGACAUGAUCGAGCGUUUCAAAAAUGGCAAGAAGAUCCACCGGAAAUACGUCUAUCAAAUCAUUCUUGCCGUUAAGAAGAUCGUCUACGAUGAGCCUACAAUGGUCGAGGUGGAAAUUCCUAGCGAUGUCAAGCUUACUGUCUGUGGUGACACGCACGGUCAAUAUUUCGAUCUUAUGGAGUUGUUCCGUCGUAAUGGCACUCCUGAUGAGAAGCACUGGUAUCUUUUCAACGGUGACUUUGUUGAUCGAGGUUCUUGGUCAACUGAGAUCGCUCUGCUCUUGUAUGCAUACAAAUGGCUGCGACCUAAGCAGUUCUUCCUGAACCGUGGAAAUCACGAGACAGACGACAUGAACCGAGUCUAUGGUUUCGAGGGCGAAUGCAAGGCCAAGUACAACGAGCGAGUCUUCAAGCUGUUCUCUGAGAGUUUCUCUGCUCUGGCUCUGGCUACACUCAUUGGAAAGAAGUACCUGGUCCUUCACGGAGGUCUCUUCUCCGAUGAUAAGGUUACACUUGACGAUAUCCGAAAACUGAACCGACACAACCAGCGUCAACCCGGUCAGGCUGGCUUGAUGAUGGAGAUGCUCUGGACUGACCCUCAGGAGGAGAACGGCCGAGGACCCAGCAAGCGUGGUGUCGGUAUGCAGUUUGGUCCUGACAUUACCAAGAAGUUCUGUGAGAAGAACGGUCUCGAGGCUGUUAUCCGAAGUCACGAGGUUCGCAUGGAUGGUUACGAGGUGCAGCAUGACGGUCGCUGUAUUACCGUCUUCUCUGCUCCUCGAUACUGUGACUCGACAGAGAACAGGGGUGCCUAUAUCAACAUCGGCCCUGACUACAAGCUUCAGUACGAACAAUUUGAUGCUGUGCCCCACCCUGACAUUAAGCCCAUGGCAUAUGCGCAAAGCUCUCUCAUGUCCUCUCUGAUGUAG